GUGUGUGUGGGGUGUAAGGAAAAAGCAGCAGAAAUUGUGGCGCCAAAGUGUGGCACAAAAGUGUUGAAGAAGAAAGAAAACAAAAAAAAAAAUAACCGUGGAAAAGCGUGACACGAACGUCGGGAAUUCCCACCGACCAGCAGCCCGCGAUGGAAAACCACAGCUACGUUGGGGAUGGAGCCGGAAAUUUCGAAACGCUACCAAUCGGGCGGCUUGCGGCACCUCACGAGCACCAUCAACGGUCACCCCAACAGCCCAACGGACACCAGCACCACACCACAGUCGACGUGAAAACCCUGCCAAUGGAUGAAAAACCACCACUACGAGAGAAAUGGGGCCGAAACAUCGAGUUCCUGCUGUCGUGUGUCGCCCUCUCGGUCGGUUUCGGCAACGUGUGGCGUUUUCCCUACACCGCAUUCAAGAACGGUGGAGGCGCAUUCGUCAUCCCCUACCUGGUGGUGUUGUUCAUCAUUGGCCGGCCCAUCUACUACCUCGAGAUGGUGCUGGGACAGUUCUCGAACCGGGGCUGCGUGAAGGUGUACGAUCUGGCACCGGCAAUGCGCGGUAUUGGCGUGGGUCAAACCGUGGCCAUCUUCACCGUCAUCACGUACUACACCUCGGUUCUGGCCGUGACGCUUCGGUAUCUGCUUGCUUCGUUCAGUGCGGAGUUGCCGUGGAGCAAGUGUGACCCCAGCUGGACGGAUUGUGUCGAUUCCAGCCGGCUUGAAAGUCUCGUGCUCGGGCCAAACGCUACCCAACCUCGCACGUCAGCCGAUCUGUACUUCCGCAAAACGGUCAUGCAGGCGGCUGACUCGUUGGACGAUGGCGUGGGUUUUCCCGAAUGGAGACUGGCGCUGUGUCUGAUUGUUUCCUGGAUUUGUAUUGUAGCCAUCCUAAUCAAAGGAAUCAAAAGCUCCGGCAAGGUAUCCUACUUCCUGGCCAUCUUCCCGUACAUGAUCAUCGCCGUCCUGUUGGUCCGCUCGCUAACGCUGGAAGGUGCCUGGAAUGGCAUCAGAUACUUCUUCGAGCCGCAGUGGGACAAAUUGCUAACGAUCAAGGUCUGGUACGAAGCCGUCACACAGUGCUUCUUCUCACUCACCAUCUGCUUUGGUGGGCUGAUCGUCUACUCGUCUUUCAACGACUUCUCGAACAACAUCUACCGACACGCCCUUAUCAUCACGUCACUUGAUACGGUCACCUCGCUGGUGGCAGGAUGUGUCGUAUUUGGCGUCAUAGGACAUCUGGCCCACGUCACCGGUCAGCCGGACAUCUCGAAGGUGGUCCAAAGUGGGCCCGCUCUCACGUUCAUCACCUAUCCUGAUACGAUCGCGAAGUUUGACUUCCUGCCCCAGCUCUUCUCGGUGCUCUUUUUCUUCAUGCUGUUCCUGCUCGGUAUCGGUACGCUCAUUGGCAUCGUGACGUCCGUCAUCACCGCCAUUCACGAUCAGCGGCCAGACGUCGCACGGUGGAAAAUUGUCGUCUCCGUUGGACUGGCCGGUUUCUGCGUCGGGUUGAUCUACAUCACACCGGGCGGUCUCAUCAUUCUCGAGGUGAUGGAUUACUACGGCGCCACGCUGGUGACGAUAACGUUGGCCGUUUUUGAGCUUCUCACCUUCGCCUGGAUCUAUGGCGUCAAUCGGGUGUGCAAAGACAUCGAGUUCAUGCUCGGCAUCCGUACUGGCCUGUUCUGGCGGGUUUGCUGGGGCAUUAUCACUCCGAUCACCGUGUUCUUCAUUCUGCUGGUAAGCUUGGUGCAGUACAAGCCACUGAACGUGCCAUUCAGCUACAACGCUCUCGGAUGGUGUCUGUAUGCAUUUGCCGUGCUUCAGCUGCCUUGUUGGGCCAUUUAUGCCGUGUUGCAGAAGCAAGGACUCACCUGGCUUCACAGUUUCCGUGCUGUCCUGCGACCGAUGGCCGAUUGGGGUCCGGAAGAUCCAUCAAAGCGAUCUGAGUAUGGUACGUUCAUCGAGCAGUAUAAGCAACAGUCGCCCAACCUCUCCGGGACGGUGGUGGAUAAAAUUCGGAGGAAACUAUUUAAGUAAGCUCGCGCUGUAGAUCUGUGAUUACUCUGGUAUUUCGUUUAUCGAACGAAGGUAUUGUUUUAUUUAAUA